AACCUCCAAGUAAAAAGUGUCAGUGCUCAGUGGCUUUAUUUAUACACACGAAACACCAAGUGACAAAUACAUGAAAGAUGGCCAGUAUGUCAAGAAAUCGUUUCACGAAUGAAAACAAGAGUAACGACUGGGGAGACGUGAGCACACGCCGGGAAUUGAUACAAUAACUUUUUGGAGGUUAAACGCACAAUCCCCGUGGCGCAAUACUUUGACGCGCCCUCUCCAAGGCUGGUGUCGUUCUCAGUGAAAUUAAAAUACAAAAAUGAUUGAUGGAGACAGAGUAUGUUGCUACGCCCAUCCAGAUGCUCCCCUGAUAGAGGAUUACAGAGCUGGAGAUCAGAUCUGUUCCGAGUGCGGUCUAGUCGUCGGCGACAGGGUUAUUGAUGUUGGAUCCGAGUGGAGAACAUUCAGUAACGAAAAGUCUGGAGUUGAUCCAUCUCGUGUAGGAGGACCUGAGAACCCUCUUUUCAGUGGAAAUGAUCUAUCGACUAUGAUUGGCCCUGGCACUGGCGCUGCUUCCUUCGAUGCAUUUGGCAGUGCCAAAUAUCAAAAUCGUCGGACUAUGAACAGUUCUGACAGAGCCUUGAACAAUGCCGUUCGUGAGAUAACAGCAAUGGCAGAUCGCAUAAACCUUCCAAAAACAAUCGUCGAUCGUGCAAAUAAUCUUUUCAAGCAGGUGCACGACGGAAAAAAUUUGAAAGGUCGUUCCAACGACGCCAUUGCCUCAGCUUGUCUGUACAUAGCUUGUCGUCAAGAGGGAGUACCCCGUACAUUUAAGGAGAUAGUAGCUGUCAGUAAAAUCAGUAAAAAGGAGAUUGGUAGAUGUUUCAAGCUCAUUCUGAAAGCCCUCAAGACUAGUGUGGAUCUCAUUUCAACCGGUGAUUUCAUGUCGAGAUUCUGCGCCAAUCUGGGGCUUCCUAAUAUGGUACAGAGAGCUGCCACGCAUAUCGCAAGGAAGGCUGUGGAAAUGGACAUUGUUCCUGGCCGAUCCCCCAUCUCCGUAACUGCAGCUGCCAUUUACAUGGCCUCCCAGGCUUCAGAGGAGAAGAGGUCACAGAAGGAUAUUGGUGAUGUAGCGGGAGUGGCUGAUGUCACAAUCAGACAAGCCUACAAACUCAUGUAUCCACAUGCUGCCAAACUCUUCCCCGAGGACUUUAAGUUCGCAACACCGAUUGAUCAGUUGCCACAGAUGUAAAAAAAUUGUUGCUGAAGUUAUCCUUUACUUACAUUCCCGGCCAACUAAGAAACCAGAAGAUUCUUGAAAAAUUAUACUUUAAUUCGGGAAAUGGUUAUGAUUAUUACUAUUAGACUGAAUAAAAAAUUGAUAUUAAGGUAAACGCAGAAAGUUAUGAGAGGAUAACAAGAGGAUAGCACAUCAGAAUUUCGGAAUCAGAUUGAUGAAUAGCUCUUGUUAUCGUAAAAAUCCGAUUGAAGCAUAAGCAGUUAAAAUAAUCCCCAACUCAGCUCAGUAAACGAUAAAUCUUUUAGUUAUUUUUUAAGAUUUCUCCAUUUAUUCUUAAAAUAUCACUAUCAACUCCAUUUAUUCGUAAAAGUAUAAAGAACCAAAAAAUUUACUCUUUUCAUUAUUUUUAGUACUGUCAACUUAAUUAUUUACUUUCAUUGACGGUGAAUGGGUUCAUAAUAGGAUAGUUCAAUUACUUUUCUUUUUCUUCUUUAUUUUAAGUACAAAUCAAUAUCAUGUGUGAAGUUUUACAUUGAUCUAAUUAAAAAUGUUUAUGAAAGAUGCUAUUUUGUCAUUGGAAUACAAUGUAUAUUGUAUUUUUAUUAUUGUAUCCAAAUGAGAUAUUGUAAAGAGGCAAUAAAUAUUGCAUAAUUUGACUUGUA